AUUUGGUUGGGAAGAUGAUUAUCAUAAUCAUUCGCUAUCAAAAUGGCAAAAAUUAAAGCCAAAAAUAUGGCAUUUAUUCGAUGAGCCUUAUUCGUCCCAUGGGGCAAAAAUAAUUGCUGUUGUAUCAGUUUUCUUUCUAAUCAUAGCUAUCCUCGUAUUUUGUCUUAAAACACAUCCCGGUUUACGGGUUGCCGAGUUGGUUGAUAUGCAAAUCAAUAUUACGUCUGGUCGUUAUUAUCGUUCUAUCGGUUUCCCGACUAAAUAUCGCACCGAAACAAUUGGUAUUGAUAAACAAAAUUCCAAACCACAUCCAGAUGGUUGA